GUGUCCAUUCAAAUGUGUCAAAACGGUCAAAACAAUAAACAUUGAAAAAAUGUCUUUAGAUAAGGCUAAGUUCGAACUGAUGCAAAAAAGCAUCCAGGAUGAGCUUAAAACAAUCAAAGCGGAAGAGGAGGCCCUUUUCCAAGACAUGUCCAACAUGUUAAACCAAAAACUGUUCCUUGAUAGCAAAAUCAAAGGCCUUGCUAAACUAGUCCCCACGCUGAAAGUGGUGAAACACGAAGCCCAAGAUCUAGUAAACACCAUUUACGAUAUUUCGGAAUCAUCUGAGAAAAUCAGUGGCAAAAUUAGAUCACUUGAUACCGCUCGAAGCCGUGUUAAUGAAUGCCAGCAACGCGUUAGCGACCUCAUUGACUUGGAAAUAUGCUCUCAAGGGGUCCAAACUGCGAUACUGGACUCUGAUUAUGAGAAAGGGGCAGCUCAUGUUCAUAGGUUCCUAUCAAUUGACCAGUCGCUCCUUCAGAGAACCGCAACCGAUGUCGAGAACGUGUCAGGAAUGUUGAAGUCAGUGCGGACUUUACAGGACGCUGCAAGCCAAUUGCAGGCAAUAGUUGAGCAUAAGUUUAACGAAGCGGUCAAGUGUGAGGACUUAGUUGCGAUUGAACGCUUCUUUAAGAUCUUUCCCUUGCUGGGAAUGCACGAGGAAGGGAUUAAGGCGCUCUGUACUUACCUCAGAACCAAAGUUGCAGCAACCGCUGAAAAAAAUCUGAAAUCGGCAAUGACAACGCCCCAGUCUGAUAAACGCCACAGUGUUAUUUAUGCCGACACUUUAACUCUAUUAUUUGAGGGGUUGGCACGUGUUGUUGACACGCACCAGCCUCUGAUUGAGACGUACUACGGCCCAGGGAGACUUCUCUGCGCCGUCAGUAUUUUACAAAAAGAGUGCGACAUUCAAAUGAAAAGAAUCUUGACAGAGUGGGCUAGGGCGCGGCAAAUUAACAAAAAAAUUCAGCUCAUUACGGACUUGUCCAGAAUGAGCACCAGUUCCAGUUUUGGCAAACUGGAAAAAAUCGAUCCCAAAGAUUUGGAUAUUUCCAUCGGAGAGAUAACUCUCAUGCAUUUCAGGACCGAGCUUUACAUCAGGUUCAUACAACGCAAAGUUGUGUCAGACCUAGACGUGGGCGUCCAGGACGAAGACGAGAAGCCAAAAGUGCUAAAGUCGCUGGAAAACCUAAUAAAAACCAGCGACUUGACCCACUCGAAGCACGAACUGUUGUUACACUACUUAAAACUUGAGCAGUAUUUUAUGGAGGAAUCGGUUGCGAAAGCCGUAAGUAUGGAUAGUAUUGAACCGUCGCAACAAACGUCCAGUAUGGUCGAUGACACGUUUUUCAUAGUCAAAAAAUGCAUACGUCGUUCAAUAUCGACCGGAAGUUUGGACGGAAUCUGUGCCAUUAUAAAUAACGCGUGCCGAAUCCUCGAAAACGAUUUUUGUGACGUUUUGAGGGCGCGUUUAAGGCAAGGCUACCCUUCGGGUUAUCUCGACUUGACUCAGGCCUACAACGUGUUGCAAAGUUCCAUACAACAGGGCCGGCUCCAGGCCAGUGACACUGAGCAGACAAGGACUGCGUUUAUCGUGGCUUUGAAUAAUGCUGAUAGUAGCACUGAAUACGUUGAUGCGUUGUGUGAUAGCGUUUUGAAGGAAAUUGAACAAGCCCUUCCUUUGAUGAACAGCAACGAACGCGGGAAACUCGAGAGUUGCCUCUCUGGCCUGUCUUCAGUCACGACAAAUCUGAAGGAAAUCACCGAGUAUGGUAUUCAGCAGUUGCGCGUCAGCGCAAUUAAACCACGAAUCAGUCCUUGGGUCGACAACUUCACCAGUAUAAACCAUCAGUUAUCCGAGGACGAACUGUCGGCGUACGAAGCGGGCGAAUCGUUCGUCCAAACGCUUAUUAUGAACCUUGAAACGCUCUUGUCCCUGUUUAAAGAUGUUUUGACAACGGCGAAUUACGAUGCGUUUAUUUCGGUUUUAACGACGGAAGUUACCCAAAGACUGGAGAAAGUCGUAAUGAAAUCGUCGUUUAAUAGGUUGGGAGGUUUGGUAUUAGAUAAAGAAGUUAGGUCAUUGGCGGGUUACAUCACAGCGACGACUUCGUGGUCCGUGAGAGACAAAUUCGCGCGUUUGACUCAAAUCGCCACAAUUUUAAACUUGGAGCAAGUGUCGGAGUUUUACGAUUAUUGGGGCGAUCACGAUGGGGCGCUUACGUGGCGUUUGACGCCGUCUGAAGUCCGGACUGUGAUGGGGCUAAGGUCGGAUUUUAAGGUCGAGGAUAUAAAAAGAUUCAAGCUGUGAGUGUUGGUGGUAAUAAAAGUGCAGUUUUAAUUAUUGGUGUUAUUUCUUUAUGUAUUUACACAACCUUUUGACAACAAUAUACAUUGCAUAAAUUGUGCUCGACUUAAUAUUAUUAUUUUAACCGGGACGGAGAGUCUGUUUCACAUCGUUCACGAGAUGUAACGGAGGAGAGAAAAAAAAAACACCAAAUUUCGAUUUUCACUAAUACAA